AUGGGUGGUCACUUGGAUCCUAAGAAUGGCGUCUACAUGGGCAACUGGGGUGACAUGGGUUGCUCAACCCCCCAGCGCAUCACAACCUACUCCGUCUCUCCCAACCGUCAGCGUCCCCUUGCCGGUGCUGGUCACGCCGCCAUUUUCAACACCUUCCGCCGUUUCAGAUACCAGGCUCUCUACGUUAUUCCUCCCUUCGUUGCUGCCUACGCUGUCAUGAACUGGGCUAUUGAGCGCAACGAGUACCUGAACUCCAAGCCCGGCCGUCUUCUCGAGGGUGGUGACGAGUAA